AUGCCCGCUUCAAGGACCCCCUCGCCCAAGUCCUCCGCCCACACUGCCCGCCCAAGUCUCCCGCCCCUCAGCUCUCUUGGUCUCCUCAACAUCCGUCGCCGCCCCAAUAGCAACAUCAUGCCCAACACUACCUCCAACGCUAAUCUUAAUCCCCUCGGGCUUUCGAUCCCGGCGCCCUUCGAGACGAACAUGAACGAAAGCACUCAGCGCAUGCGCCAGUGCUCUAUCACCUCCACGACCUCCUCAUGCACGACCACCUCUCGCUCCUCUUCGCCCACCGAUCCCUCCGCAUCCGCAUCCACCUCCCUCUCCGCGGCCCGCCGCGGCUCCAUUCAGGGCCGCACCGACCGUCGGCACCACCCCUACCUGCCCACAGACAAGUACCGAUGCAUCCUCUCCGACCGCUUCGAGGACGCAGAUGCCAUGCUCGUCCUCCCUCUUCCCCCUGACAUGGUCGACGAGAACAACCAGCCGAUCAAGGAGAAGCUCGUCAACUUCCGCUCCGACCGCGCAUACCUCGCCACGGCGAGCUUGCUAUCAGCCUUCGCGAUACGGAGACUCGCCGCCGCCUGCGACGUCCACCGGCUCCCGUGCCAACCCGUCUACACCCGUCGCUACUCCAUCCCCGCCGCUCCUCGCGCACAGCCGACGGCGCAAUGA